CACCCGUCUCUCUUGGCACUUAGAAUUUCCCAUCCCCAUCUCUCCUUGCAACCCUUCCCUUUCCGCACCUGUCUCCCUUGGCACUUAGAAUUUCCCUCCCCCGACUCUCCCUGCAACCCUUCCCUUCCCGCACCCAUCUCCCUUGGCACUUUGAAUUUCCCUCCCCCGACUCUCCCUGCAACACUUCCCUUCCCGCACCCGUCUCCCUUGGCACUUCGAAUUUCCCGCCCCGUCUUCCCUUGCACCCGUGACUUCCCGCUCCCGUCUGUCCUUGCCCCUCUUACCUCCCGUCCACGACUCCCUUUGCAUCCGUGACAUCCCGCACUCAUCUGGCCUCGCACCUGUGACAUCCCGCACGGGCCUGUUUGCCCCUUGGCCUUCCCGCCCGUCCCCUGGCCUGACCGCCCCGCACCCCAGCCCAGUUGACCAUGGUGCUUCAGCUCUACCUGAACCUGCUGUCCCAGCCCUGCCGCGCCGUCUACAUCUUCGCCAAGAAGAACCACAUCCCCUUCGAGUUCCAAAGAGUGGAUCUCAUGACAGGGCAGCAGCACUCGGAAGACUUCUCCAAAGUCAAUUCCCUGAGACGGGUGCCGGCCCUGAAGGACGGAGACUUCACGCUGGCGGAGAGCGUGGCCAUCCUGCUCUACCUGAGCCGCAAGUACGGCACGGCGGACCACUGGUACCCGGCGGACCUGCAGGCCCGCGCCCGCGUGGACGAGUACCUGUCCUGGCAGCACACCACCGUCCGGGUCAACGGAAGCAAGCUGCUCUGGUUCAAGCUGCUGAUUCCUCACUUAUCGGAAGAGCCGGUGCCCCAGGAGAAGGUGGAAGGCAUCUUGGAUGACCUGGGAGCCAACCUGCAGCAGCUGGAGGAGAAAUUCCUCCAGGAUCGGCCCUUCAUCGCCGGGGACCACAUCUCCCUGGCCGACCUGGUGGCCAUCGUCGAACUCAUGCAGCCCGUGGGCGCCGGCUGUGACAUCUUCAAGAACUGGCCCAAGCUGGACGAGUGGCGGAUGCGGGUGGAGGAGGCCUUGGGGAAGAAGCUGUUCCGGGAGGCCCACGAAGACAUCCUGAAAGUCCUGGACUUCAGCAGGACGCCCUUGGACGCGCAGCAGAAGGCCAGGUACAAGAUGCUCGUUCAGAAAAUACUCACACCAAAACUGAAAAAGCAGAUUCUCCCAGAGCUCGGCUUGGGCGAGCUGAGUUUAUUUGACCGGAAGAGGGAGGAAAGGGAAGAGAGAUUUCUGGAAGGUUCCCGCCGCUGCUCCACAGGUGCUGAGGUGGCGGGGGGCCCCAGAGUUCAAGCGGGGUACACGUACUGA